UUUUUCAAUUAACUUUAAUGUCUCACUCCUUGUUAUUACAUCGGGGACAUUCUAGUAAAUUUCGAAAAAUACAACGUCUUCGUCGUCUAACGCCACAGUGGUACGAAAUUGCAGAAAGGUCCACGGUCAGCUUUUCUCUGUUAAAUAUUAUUUAUUUAUUGAAAUUUGUGGCAUUCAAUUGAAAAGGUUAGGCGUUGUUCCGAAGGAAAAUCCGAAAUCGACAAAGCGAAGAGAGAAAGAGAGAAAGAAAAGAUCAAGGAUGGCGAAGAAGAACGGUGAAGAGGUGGUGAUGGGAGUUCCGUACUACGCGUCGCAGAAUCCGUACCAAGCGGGAACGAUCCCGCCAAACGCCGUAUUUGGGGAUCCAAAGGGCAUUCCAAUACAACAGACCAUUUACAGAGACACUCCCGCCCCAUUCAACUGCGUUUACUGUGGUAAUUCCGGAGUUACCACCGUCAGAUCAAAGCCAAGCCUGGCAGCUGUUAUUGGUUGCAUGAUGCCGAUGAUGCUUGGAAUUUGCUUUCUUUGCCCUUCUAUGGACUGCCUUUGGCAUAAAUAUCAUUAUUGCCCAAGCUGCAAUGAAAAGGUUGCCGACUUUGAGAAAUCGGAUCCUUGUGCUGUGAUGGAUCCUCCACACUGGACACAGCAAAGCUUUGCUCUACCUGGAAUAUAAGAAGUUUUGUAUUUGUGACUGUUUGGAUGUAUUUCCUUGUCUGCUUGUUAGGAUCCAUAAGAUUGCUGGUAUAUAUAUAUAUAUAUAUAUAUAUUUUAAAUUACUGUAAAGAACUAUAUUCAUGUAUAUGACAUGUUUAUUGUUCGGGUAUUCUUAUGAUCAAAUUAUCAAAAUACUCUCCUGCUCUAAUGAAAUGUCUCCGUGCACUUUGCUAAAUGUGUGCUUUUUUCUUA